CUUGACGUAGCGUUACGUGUAGCACCAGAGGAAGGAAGGAGGGAGGGAUUGGGCUUCAGGGAUUUCAUCUGCAUACUGUGUCCGGUUCUACCGGGGGAUACUAACGGAAUAACGACUAUAGUCAUGCGUUCAUCAACAGACGAAAAAUAAACAUUGCAACGGUGUCAUUCCGUUCAUAAUAGUAAUAUUUGAUGAAAUACCGUGUGGAAUAAACAGCUACAUUUGACAUUUUGGGAGAUCUGACUACUGCACCUACACAGCAGACGACCACCAUGGCAGACAGUUUUAUGGGCAAAGCGGCUACCAUGGAGAUUCCUAUCAACAGCAAUGGAGAGACCCUGGCCGAGGAUGACAGUUUGGAGCAGGUGGGUCAUAUGGCUGCAAAGAUUCAGUGGACCUUAGAUGAGAAGGACCUGCAGCAGGUGAUGGUGUCUGGUCCCAACCUGAAUGAGACCAGCAUUGUGUCUGGAGGCUACGGAGGACCUGCAGGGGGCAUCAUACCCACCUCCUCCAUCAAAGACCUGCGAAUGAAGUCCAGGGGACAGGUUGUAGGUCUGGUCCCCAGCCAGUCAGCAGCCAGCAGGAUAGCCAACCAGAACCAGACCGACCAGCCAUUCACAGGGUCUGGAAUGCACCACAGUAACAGCAACCAGAACAUGUCAGUGGAGGAGGCUAACCGUGGUGUGGCUGUGGAGAAACUAGACAGCGUUAAGAAGUGGGGCAUCAACACCUACAAGUGUACCAAGCAGAUGUUCUCUGAGCGGUUUGGCCGUGGUUCUCGGACGGUGGACCUGGAGCUGGAGGCCCAGAUAGACGUGCUCAGGGACACCAAGAGGAAGUACGAGUCUGUCCUGAGACUGACCAGCGCCCUGACCAGCCACUUCUACAACAUGGUCCAGACCCAGCAGGCCCUGGGGGACACCUUCGCGGACCUCAGCCAGAAAUCACCUGAACUACGGGAUGAGUUUGGCUACAACGCAGAGACCCAGAAGUUGUUGUGUAGGAACGGGGAGGCUCUUCUUGGCGCCAUCAACUUUUUUGUGUCCAGCAUCAAUACACUGGUCAACAAGACCAUGGAGGACACACUGAUGACCAUCAAACUGUACGAGGCUGCAAGGCUGGAGUUUGAUGCGUACAGGGCCGACCUGGAGGAGUUGAGUCUGGGUCCUCGUGAUGCUGCCACCAUGGUGCGUAUAGAGGUGUCCCAGCAGCAGUACCAGGUGCAGAGAGACAAGUACGAACGGCUGCGCUCAGACGUCACCAUCAAACUCAAGUUCCUGGAAGAGAACAAGGUGAAGGUGAUGCACAAGCAGCUGCUGCUCUUCCAUAAUGCUAUCUCAGCCUACUUCUCUCUGUGUGUGUGUGUAGGUGAAGGUGAUGCACAAGCAGCUGCUGCUCUUCCAUAAUGCUAUCUCAGCCUACUUCUCUCUGUGUGUGUGUGUAGGUGAAGGUGAUGCACAAGCAGCUGCUGCUCUUCCAUAAUGCUAUCUCAGCCUACUUCGCUGGGAACCAGCAGCAGUUGGAACAGACACUGAGACAGUUCAACGUCAAGUUAAAGCCCCCAGGGUCAGACAAGCCCUCCUGGCUGGAGGAGAGCUAGAAUCAUCAGCUCCCAGUCUUCUGGGCUUGUAUGUAUCAAGCAUCUCAGAGUACUAGUACUGAUCUAGGAUCAGUUUUGUCUUUUAGAUCAUUAUGAAUCAGAUUAUAUGGAUAGGCAGGACUUGAUCCUAGAUCAGCACUCCUACUCUGAGAUGCUUGAUACAUAUGGCCCCAGGUCUCAGUCAGGUCUCUGGUAUAUUAGGGACACAGACGGAGAGACACACCGGGGUUGGAAGAAACAAGAGGAAUGGAUGGAUGAGUAGACGGAUGAACGGAUAUAUGAAACCUACACAAACUGUAUAUACAAACCAGAGAUGGGACAAGUAGAGACUAGUGAUGAUGAUACUAAGGGGAAAAGAACGCUUAUCACUUACAUUUAGUUUUGCCAAUACAUUGCUCAUUUGUUUAUAGAAUGUCUAUUUUAUGUUUGUUGUGUUAAUAAUUAUUCUCAACAGAGCAUCAUUAUGUUGUUGCUAUCUAGCGUAACUUUUAAUAUAUCAUACUUUGAGAAGUUAUUCUAAGAUUAUACUUUGCACAUAAAUGUAAUCAUUAUUUUCAAACUGUUUUCGCUCUUUUGUAUAGCGUUAUGUAAAGCAUUCCAGAGGUCAUAAUUUCAAAGGUCAGUAAACUGUUUACAUAUGUAGAGGAUAUUAAGAAUAGGCUAUGUAUCUGGACCAGUUAGAUUGUUUGUACCUGGUGACGAUUAGAGGUAUAUUUAUUAAUGAGCAAAGGGAGAAGCCUACAGUCUGUGGUAUACUUUUGAUGACAGAAGUUAUGGGAUAAAGGGGCAAUCCCGGAUUUGUAAAACAAAGCAGUCAACAAUCAAUGGCUAUAUAUCAUUCAUUUAAAAGUCAAAAAAUGAAUUUGUACCAAUCCCAGAUUGCCCCUUUGUCUACCAAUAAUUUUGAGGACAGGGAAAUACAACUUUUACGUUUACAAUAAUCUCCCUCUGAUUAAUCCUGCAUAUCAUUUUAUUACACAUAUAUUACACAUGUAUUGUCUUUAACAUAUCCAAUAUCUCAAUAAUCAAAUAGAGUUAACAUUUGUUCAGAAAAAUACCUUGACUUGGGCCUCCCGAGUGGCGCAGCGGUCUAAGGCACUGCAUCGCAGUGCUUGAGGUGUCACUACAGACCCAGGUUCGUUCCCAGGCUGUGUCACAACCGGCCGUGACCUGGAGUCCCAUAGGGCGGCGCACAAUUGUCCUAGCGUCGUCCGGGUUAGGAGAGGGUUUGGCCGGCACGGAUGUCCUUGUCCCUUCGCGCACUAGCGACUCCUGUGGCGGGCUGUCUGCAGUGCACGCUGACACGGUUGCCAGGCGCACAGUGUUUCCUCCGACACAUUGGUGCGGCUGGGUUCUGGGUUAAGUGGGCAUUGUGUCAAGAAGCAGUGCGGCUUGGUUGGGUUGUGUUUCGGUGGACGCACGGCUCUCGACCUUCGCCUCUCCCGAGUCGGUUGGGGAGUUGCAGCGAUCAGACAAGAUCGCAAUUGGAUGUCACGAAACUGAUUCCAUUCAAAUGUAUAUGUUCUUGUUAGAUUUUUCUUUUGUUUUCUCUCACAUUUUUACAUCAAUGUUGUGUCUCGUUUUUAAACGGAUAUGGACCUGGUGUACGGUAUAUUAAAUGAUGGUGGUUUACAGUAUAUGGUUUGAUAUUUCCAUAGAGACUUGAUGUUUCCCCACAGAAUCUGUACAGUAAUAACAAUCCGUCCACCUGCUGUCCACUGAAUAUGUUGUUGUAGUCAUCAUCUGUAUAAGUACUGUACCAUAUUGUGUUCAUACAUUACAUGGCAAUACAAUCCAAAACAUGGCUGAAAAAUGA